AUGGUCGUAGUUUACGCCCUCCUUCCUGCCUCACCUCCAGGUCCCUCAUCCUCACCCCCGGUCCUUGUCCUAGUCCUUGUCCAUGUCGCCUACGGCGCCGGGUGCGACGGUACUACUGCUGCGACUCAGACCUUGGUCUGUGUUCUUGCCUGGUCUACACCUGGCUGCUUCAGGGAACGCAAGUUCGGUUCGGUCGGGACCAUGCCGGGACUGUUUAGGUCGAGCAAAAGGGGCCAAGGGGGGGCCAAGAAACUCACAUGUGACCGCUUCGAAGCGCGAGUCUCAGCCGGGGAGGCGGAAAAGUUCAGAAGACCUGAUCAGACUGGCGAGACUGGGGACAAAAGUCAGGUCCAGGUCCAGGUCCAUAAGUUCAGGUCAGGAAGAAAGAAGAGAAGCAGAAAUCAGAAACUGUGGGAAUGGAUGGAAUUUGUCUUGGCUGUAAAGAUGAACGGAUUAGGAGGUUUGUUCCGAAACGAAUCAACUUGCAAGUUUUACAAACCAACAAUGAAUCCCGACCGGCCGGCCGGCCGGCACGGUCCCGAGUUCGAGCUCAGAGUUUUCAAUUCUUUCCCCGUCGGCGAGGAUGCCUACGACAUCGGCAUCGGCAUGGACUUUCGGGCCGUUGGUAGUUAGUUGCCUUGCUGCUGGUAUGGUACCCAGCUGCCCGGUCUGGUGAAAAAUAUAUUACCGUCUCUCUGUCCGUCCAUUCAUUCAUUGAACAAGAUAGCAUGGACAAGCACGGACAAACAACGGGACAAGGACAAGCAAGCAACAAGCACUGCCACUUGAAUGCCCUGGCUCAUCUGGGAACUGGGAACUGGGAGUGGAAGGCGGACAACAACAGACAAUGGAAUACCGCGUGGUUGGUUGUUGGGUCACAGACUCCAGAUUCCAGACUCCAGACUCCGUACGUACGUACAUCAGGCACAUACUAUACCAUUCAUACAAGCGUAAGGGGAUAGAUUAAAAUCCCGGGCUGGUGGUUGGGUAGUCCGGGGAUAACAAACUUCCAUGGGGUAAGCCGGUGAGAGCUGCUAUGAUUAGCACACACG